AUGGAACAUUCUGUAGCCCAAAUGGAUGACGAGGAAGAGCUGAUGGAUAUAGUGGCUGCCAGAAGCCGGGGUGACAAUAUAGAAGCGGAGCUCAGAAAGCUGGAAAUGCUUAAAUUGGAAGCACAACCGAGAGAAGAUGAGCAAUCGAGGAGAGCGGAAAUUGGAAGGCCAUCCCAGCCAUCGCAGCAUCAAACCAGUACAACAGGCGGCAACUCCAUGGGAGAGGAAAUCAAAGAAGAAGAAAAGGAAGAAGAUGUCUUUAUUUUGAAGGGAGUAGAAGAUCAAACAAAGACUCAUCGACAAGUAGAAGCUGGUCUAGAGGAUGAGCUUGCUUUUCCGCAACCAAACUUGACUAGUAGUGGGCAAAACCAGUCAGAUACGGCUACCAUGCAUCCAGGAGCAUAUGCAAUGGCCCCGGGGAAUGCAAGGAAUCAAAGUGCUUCAGAUGAUCAAUCCACCACUCCAAUGGACACCAAUAGUGGAUUGGCAGUCGCAAAUAAGGUUGAAGAAGAUGAAGAACCUACACAGAUUGCUAGACCCGACCAUUUGCAUGGGGAAAAUGGAUCUACGUCAAUCACUCUCAUGAUCCUUGUUCUCAUUGGUAGCCUCCUCAUGGUUGGAGUGAUUGUUGGUUCCAUCUGUGGGGCUGGUCUCUGCAGCAACAAAACACGUGAUGCGGAAACUCAGGCUCCCUCUUCCUUUCGAUAUUUUAGAAUUGAAGAGGCUUUUGGGCUUGGCUAUUUUCCCAAAAGGGACAAGGCAGAACCCACCCAGCCAAACUUAAGGGCUCUUGAUUGGAUUGUGUUUGAGGAUCCUCUGCAACUUGAGCCAGAUGCCAACAAUCUUCUUCAGGUGACUUACUUUCACACAUCCCAGCAGAGUGACUGGUUUGAUUGUGGGCCAUCUACAACUGCAAACGAUGACACAUGCUGGAUUCAAAUCCAGGGUUCGGAAUCAUUGGCAAGUAGAUGGCUCGCAGGUGUUCACGAAUGUCGAUGGGCAGGAAUUUAUUGUGACAGUGAAAAGAACAUUACUCAGUUGCGGCUUGGGGACAAUGGAUUGAAUGGUGUUUUGCCCAAGGAGAUUGCCAGUCUUCCAGCACUGGAAGCAAUAAACUUUCGUGGGAACCAACUAACAGGAAGUAUUCCUGUGGAAUUGUUUGGAAACAAGCUCUCCUCAUUAACGUUUACAAACAAUUCACUAACAGGGACAGUGCCCACAGAAGUUGGACUCUUUGAUGGGACUUCGCUUGGAUUUGGUUCAAACAGCUUGUCCGGUUCCCUUCCUACAGAACUCUUUCAGAUUGGCAGAGGAGGAACUCUACCUACUGAAAUUGGAGCAUUACAUUCCCGUCAACUCUUCGUCUAUUUGCAAGGGAACCCUUUGCACGGCACCAUACCAUCCGAAAUAGGACUUUUGAAAGGCUCUCUCAGAGAACUUGAUGUCAGUUGGACCCAUAUGGAUGGCUCCCUACCAGAAGAACUCUUUACAGCAUGUACCAACUUGGGUUUACUUCAGGUCUCCAACUGUGGCGACUUGACAGGCACCAUAGGCGCUGGACUGCAGCUUUUGACAAAGCUAGAAUUCUUUGACAUUUCCAACAACAAGUUCCAUGGCACCAUCCCAGAAGACCUUUCCGCUCUGACAUCUCUACUUUGGUUUCUUGUGAAUGGGAAUGACCUUUCUGGAUCCAUCCCAUCAUCUGUCUGUGCUUUGGCUGACCCCGGCAAGGAAAGGUACCACUUUGCAGUGGCAGCUGACUGUUUGCCAGCAAGGGAUGGCACAGGCAAUCCCAUGGUAGAGUGCUCUUGUUGCACUCUGUGUUGUGAUGGUGGCGCUGCUGACUACUGCCUGUCCAAGUAA